GGUGUAAAACCGUCGUAAAGCGGUUCGAUUCGGCUUUCGCAACAUUUGUAUAUGGGUAGAGCUAUUUUUGUGUUGCGAGUGGAAUGGCGAGUGUCAUAAUAUGUUUGUGGGGCUUAUUGGUUUUGGCGCUUAUAAGUUUACAGAUAUCAGCAGCAUACAGCGAGGACACGACUCCGACAGGGAAUGAAGUGAAUCAAGAGGUAGACAAAGUGAUAGAGGAUGAGGUCACCAGCAAACUCAGUAAAGAUCUGGCACUGAGUAUCGAGAAGAAGUUCCUCGUGGACCUGGAGAAGUCAGUGAACAUGGUGCUGAUGAAGAUUCAGAUGCUGCUACAGAAUGGCACCACACACAUCUUGGAGCGGCUGUCCGACCUUCAGGGGCAGUUAGAGGAGAUCAGGAAGUCUACAGGAACAGAGCUGGACACGUGUCUCAAAGAACGUGAGAAUGAAACCGCCCAGCUAGCCGAGAAGGCGAUGCAUCAGAUGGUGGUGUGCGGGUAUGCCCUGAUAGGGCACAACCCUAAACAGGCCGUCGGUGCGGUUAUUACAAUGAAGAACAUGAUCAAGACGCGUUUGCAGCCUGUCCGUGCACAGAAGAAGGAGCUAGACGAACUGCUGAAGGCUUGUGGCCACGAGCACAACUCUUUGAAGAAGGUCAUCAAAUGUGUCAUCGCUAAGUCGCCCAUAGUAAAGGCCGCCAUGAUGGACGUGACCAGCCAACUGAUGGAGGGUGUAGUGGAACUGACCAAGGUACUCGCCCAUGGCGCCAUGCAUGAAGCCUGCCUCAUAGAAGUCAUCAGAACAGUCGAAGAGGAAGCCUUUGGGCUCGUCAGCAAAGUUAGAAAUUGUGCAUUUGGAAACUUUACUGAGGAAGCUAACAAAUUUAUAGAAGAAAACAACGCAACAGUACUCGAUAUGCCUACAAAGAAGAGUCGUAAAAUUAAAGUAGAUCCUAAUAAGAAAGAAGUUGUAGAAAUGAAACAAUUAAUCAGGAGAAUGCUAAGUGAGGAUAACGUUAACGAUUUAGACAAACGUUUUAAAAAGAAGUUGAAAAAACUGCAAGAUGAUCUCACAUCUGGUGAAACCGAAGCCAAUGCAACAUCCAAUGUAAAUGUCACUUUAAAUGAUGCUAAAGAAGAUUUGAACAGCACUUCAUUUGUUUCAACAGUUAUUUCAAAUGAUAUCUAAAACAUUAUGUGAGAUGUUUUUAUUUCAAUAUCAGCUUGUAGAACACGUUUUAUUUCAAAACAUAUUAGAAAAUCUAAAAAUA